AUGGCCGUGGUGCAGCUUGACACCGGUGCGGAGGAGCAGCAGCAGCAGCAGCAGCCAGAGAAUGGAUUCGUAUCCUCAGAAAACUCUUUGCUCACGCGUAUUGACGGGGCCGUGCUGCCGUUCCUCGGGGGAUUCGGGAAGUACCAGAAACAGAUGAUCGUGCUGACAUGGAUCCCGGCGAUAUUUAUUGGAUUCAGCCAGUACUCGGACAAUUUCCUUCUGGCGCAGCCCAACAAUACAUGCGUGCAGCCCUUGGCCAACCUGAGCAACGUGACAGGCGCCGGGCUUGCGUCGCUGCUGCUGGACGCUCCGUGGAGGAAUAGCAGUGGUGGGGCUGACGUCCAACACGCCAAUGGGAGUUUCAGAAGCGGUGGUACUGGACACAAUGACAGUGCCGGCAGCAUGCAGUGCAGGUGCAGCGAGUGGACCUUUGAGCUGCACAUUGGCCUGGUGGAGAAUGUGGUUACCAAGUGGAGUCUGGUGUGCGACUCAGCGUGGAAAGUCCAUAUCGCAAAGUUCUCUCUUCUGGUGGGGUCGAUCUUUGGAUACCUAGUGUUUGGAAUCCUCGCUGACUGGUUUGGUCGACACCCAGUCCUGAUCAUGUCUGUGCUCUUCAUGCUGGUCUUUGGUCUCACCGUGGCCUUCUCCUUCAACGUGCCCAUGUUUGCCACCCUGAGGUUCUUCGAGGGGUUCUGCCUGGCCGGGAUCAGCCUGUCCCUCUAUGUCCUCAGGAUCGAGCUGUGCCUACCCGGCUGGCGCUUCUCUAUGACCAUGGUGGCCAACUUUGUGGUGCUCGGGGGUCAGCUGCUGCUCCCUGGGGUGGCGUUCCUGUGCGGAGACUGGCAGGUGCUGCAGGCGGUCAUCGUCUGCCCCCUGCUCCUCAUGCUCUCCUACAUAUGGAUCUUCCCCGAGUCCCUGCGCUGGCUGCUGUCCACGCAACAAUAUGGCCGCUCCAAAUGGAUCAUGGGCCACAUCGCCAAGAAGAAUCGUGUGAACAUGGAGCUGGACGCAGACAACAUCCUCACAGAGCUCCAGCGCGCCCUGCAGAAGAAGCCCAAAAGAACAUGCAUCGUCAAAAUGGUGGGCACGAGAAACCUGUGGAAGAACAUCGUGGUGCUCUGUGUAAACUCAUUGACCGGGUACGGGAUCCACCACUGCUUCGCCCGCAGCAUGAUGGACCCCGAGGCCUUGGAGACCACCAUGUUUCACAACUUCUAUGCAGACUACUACACUAUGGCGGGCAUCGCUGUGGCCUCCUGCAUGGCGCUGUGUCCGGCCGUGGGUCUCAUGGGCCGGAGAGGAGGUCUGCUCAUGUUUAUGAUCAUCACGGCUUUGGCUUCUCUGCUCCAGCUGGGCCUGCUUAACUUGGUCGGGAAAUACAGCGGUCAUCUGAACAUAGAAAACUCAGAUACGAUAAACAGGAACUUCUCCAUUGCCUUCUCCAUCAUCGGCAUGUUCUCCUCCCACGCCGUCAGCAACCUGAGCAUCUUCUUCUGCGCUGAGAUCACCCCCACAGUCAUCAGGGGGGGUGGUCUUGGCUUGGUGCUGGCCAGCGCUGGCUUUGGCAUGCUCACCGCCCCCAUCAUGGAGCUGCACAACCAAAAGGGCUACUUCCUCCAUCACAUCAUCUUCGCCUGCUGCACCCUCAUCUGCAUCAUCUGCAUCCUGCUGCUGCCAGAGACUCGCUACCAGCCCCUCCCAGAGACGCUGGCGGACGGAGAGAGCUACACCAGGCAGCCUCUCCUCCCACGCAAACCCGGAGAACAGCGCCUCCUGCUGGGCCAGUCGGAGAGCAGCAGGGACUACACCCGGGUGGGAGUGGGGGAUACUCCUUUGCAUGAAGCCGCCGCCACCGCCGUCUCCACCAUGGACUCCACGGCGUCGUCUGCCGUGGAUCUGACCGCGGACGUGCCUGUGUUCCUGGAGGUGCACCCCAGUAGGCUCGCAAAAAACCCCAACGGGCACUCGCUUGCACCCCUAUCCACGCCAAUCUCCAUGGGCAAAGACGUGGUCAUACAUGCCAGUAAAGAACACUUAUUGUCUUCCACUCCGCUGCACAAAGCCUCUCGCGUUACAGACCCUCUUUUGACCAGUGCGGAGGAGCCCCCCGCUAUAGUCUUGCAUUCCCUGGAGAGGCAAGCAAACACUGAUGCUAGCAAAGUGAAUGAAACUAGCUUUUUUCCGAGCGAGGAACCGGAAGAACCUCAGCCUUCCGUCUCGCAAGAAUCCUCCUCCUCGUCCCCGGUGCCUCCUGGUUCACUGAUUAGCACCACACCCAUCAUCGAACCCCCGCCCACUUCUACACUGGAGUCCCCUGAACAGCCUCACAAUGGCCAAAUUGCACUGAAAUCUGAAGCUGCACCGACAGACGAGACCGCGCCCGCCACUUUGCAGAGCGCUCCCGUUCCUACUAUGCACGACGACGCUCCCCCGACAGACUCUGAGAACAUAAACGACGUUACAGCCGACAUUCCACAAAUCCAUUUAGAAAUAGUAGACCAACCCUCAACUGGGGAGCCCCCUUUAGUAAUUUCCCAAGAGGAAGACCCCAGCUCCUCUUGCAUUGAUGAUGUAAUUUCCUCCAAAGUGUCCCAUUCACCUCUUCCUCCACCUCCUCCUCCCUCUCCUCCACCUCCUCCUCCUCCUUCCUCAGACUCUUGCACUCCCCCGGUCUCACAUCCUGGCCCCGUCCUCCCUGUUACAGACAUUGUGAACUCUACCCCUGCGCUAGAAACAGCAACAACAACAGCUUCCAAUGCUACGGACAUUGUUCAGGCUGAUCCUGACUCAGCCGCUUCCUUAGAUCCUCCCCUCCCAGAUUCCACACAAGAGAAUCCUUCUUAUUUUGAAAUGGAUUGCACCGUGUCCUCCCCCAUAGACUCUGGAGUGCUUUCAAUACGGGACAGUGCCAGCACAGAGGGCAGCAUUGUAGCCGGCUUGUCGACUUCUUGA